UGCAGCUAAGCUUGUCCUCCUGUCGAUGAAUACGGGAUGCGGAAUGGCGGGCCCUGGGCAGUGGAUCUCGUGUCUUUGUGCUCCGUACUACGGCCUUUGGGAUUCCUGCUUCUAGGAACUACCCUGUAUGGAUCGAUGGCUGCGGUGGGAAUUGAGGCAUCCAGCAUUCGCUCACACAUACGCAACUACAGCUGCAGUAGCCCAUCUAAUUCAGCUACAACACAGCAGCAGAGGAUGGCAGAUCUAACGAAUAUUACUGGAUGGCUCAGCUGCAUGAAGCGUUGGUGGCUGCAGUGCAAUAUGGAGCUGGGCCUCGUAUCCAGACCACGCGGGAAGAUGAAAAAUAAAAUUGGAAAAUGGCCCUAGGAGUGCUGUGCUGUCAUCGGGGCACACGCUGAUAAUCGAACGAC